AUGCAUACCUUCUUUACCUCGGCCUUGGCCCUCGCCUCUCUGGUCCCUCUGAGCAUCGCUCAGAACUCGGGAACAUUCAAUGUCCUGACGUUCAACGUCGCCGGACUCCCUGAGAUUCUCAACGGGAACGACGUGCCCGGCGACAAGACGGAAAACACUGCUCGCAUUGGACAGCUGUUCACCAAGUACGACAUCUCGCUCAUCCACGUCCAGGAGGACUUCAACUACCAUGCUACCCUCUACGCAAACGACAAGCACCCAUACCGCACGCCUACGAGCGGCGGCGUGCCCUUUGGUAGCGGCUUGAACAGCCUGAGCAACUACCCAUACACUGAUUUCAAGAGGAUCAAGUGGAACACUUGCAGCACUUUCGACGGUGCCGACUGCCUCACCCCCAAGGGCUUCACCUACAUGAAGGUUCAGUUUGCUCCCGGCGUCAUCAUCGACGCGUACAACUUGCACGCCGAUGCUGGCACCACUGCCGCCGACAACAAGGCCAGGGCCGCCAACCUCCGCCAGGUCUCCGACUACAUCAAGGCCAACUCAGCCGGCAACCCAGUCCUCGUCUUCGGCGACUCCAACUCGCGCUACACGCGCACCGACGACAUCCCCGCCGUCUUCAAGGACGAGAACGGCAUGACCGAUGUCUGGGUCGAGCUCAUCAAGAAGGGCGUGCCACCCGCCAAGGGCGCCGACGCACUCCUAUGCCAGAACCCCUCUACCACCAACGACUGCGAGAUUGUCGACAAGGUCUGGUACCGCGGCUCGUCGUCUGUCAAGCUGAGCGCCACCAAGUUCGCCUACGCGGGCAACAUGUUUUUGUCCGACAAGGGCGAGAUCCUGAGUGACCACAACGGUGUGCUUGUUGACUUUUCGUGGUCAAAGGCCUAG